UUUGUGUGAUCAGUUGCUUCAAAAUAUACUCUUAGAAAAUUAUCUCAAUUUUUCUAUAUCCAAUCAUUUUGAUCGCCGUUAAAAGAUUUUUCGUGAAAAAAUGUUUAAUAUUCGUCGUUUUUAUUUCAAAGUAUUAAAAUGGAAACGUCGUAGCUCAAUAUACCUACAAAUCAUACUAGUUUUAUUCAUUUGUAUGUUUCUGUUCGAUAAAAUGGUGCUUAACACACGAUUUUUUAGGCGGAAAAACAUUGUUGUUCAAAAGGAUUUAAUGAAUUAUAACGAGGAUGGACUUCGCACCGGUUGGCCAUUCCAAAUCAAUAAACAUUAUGACAUGUUCGAUCUUCAAACAUACACUCCAAAAUCGAGAAUCAUAGCAAAAUUUGAUCUGCCGGGAGAACAAGGAAAACCAAUAAUUCUUUCACCAGUUUUACAAGAUUUAGCCGAUAUCUCAUUCGCUGAGUAUCAGAUAAAUAUUGUGGCAAGUGAAAGAGUUGCAGCAAAUCGUUCGUUACCCGAUUUACGUGAUCCGAAAUGCUCGGAUAUAAUGUACCCAAAAUUAUUGCCAACUGCCAGCGUUAUCAUGGUGGUUCACAAUGAGGCUUUUUCAAUUUUACAACGAGCUGUUGUGAGCGUGAUCAAUCGAUCUCCGGAUAAUCUUCUGAAAGAAUUGAUUUUGGUUGAUGACUUCAGUGACAAACCACACAUGAAAGAACCACUCGAAGAGUAUUUGGCUGGCGUAUCGAGCAAAAUCAAACUUGUACGAACCGAAAAACGAGAAGGUUUAAUUAGUGCACGUGUCAUUGGAGCAGAAACAGCACAAGGACAAGUGUUAAUUUUUUUGGAUGGAAACACUGAAUCAAAUGACGGUUGGAUGGAACCUUUACUCUCACGAAUUGCAUCAGAUCGAUCUGUGAUCGCAAUUCCGCAUGUGGAUAAUGUUAAUUUCACCACAAUGGCCUACGAAGAAUUUGACGAAGGACUGAUGUACGGUUUGGGUUGGAAUCUCUAUUAUAAAACGUUUCCAAUUCCAGAACGUGAAAUGAUUAGAAAUAAAGGCGAUGUUACGGCUCCGUACCGAACUGCAGCUUUAAUUGGUUGUGCAAUUGCAUGUGAUCGUGAAUUUUUCUUUGAAAUUGGAACUUUUGACACAGCUAUGAGCAUCUGGGGUGGGGAGAACACGGAACUUUCACUUCGGACUUGGAUGUGCGGGGGAGCUCUUGAGAUAGUUCCCUGUUCGCGUGUCGGUCACUAUUUUCGAACUUUACCGUACACAUUCAACGCGGCCGACAAAAGUGAGGUCAAAAUCCGAAAUAAUAUUCGAAUCUCAAAAGUUUGGAUGGAUGAAUAUAAGCCAUAUUUCGAUGUCGUUACACCACCAAAAUUAAGAAACAUGAAUGUCGGCGAUUUAAGCGAACGAAUGGCAUUGCGAAAUCAAUUGAGGUGUAAAAGUUUUCACUGGUACUUGGAAAAUGUUCUUCCUGAAAGCCUUAUGAUUGUUGGAUACAAGCAAAUUGGACAGAUUCAACUAUUUGGAACAAAAUACUGUCUCGAUCGUAUGGGACGAAAAAGUAAUCGUCAAAUUGGCAUACAUGCUUGCCAUGGAAAUGGGUAUAGUCAGGGAUUUGCAUAUCAAAAAAAUCAGCGAAUCGUAUUUCAUCAUUCUGAUUGUUUGGGUUUGGCAAAGAAGGAAAAUAUCACUGAACCAUCUGCGAGCGAUAAAUUAUUGAACGAUCCGAAUAUCUUAACUUUUGGCGUGGAUACGACAAAUCACGUCGUCCUUGAAGAAUGCAAUGCCACUACCGGCGAGAAAUGGUUCUAUGAUGAAAAAAAACUUCAAAUUCGGCAUCUCGAUAGCGACCUGUGUUUAUCGACAGACCAAUGGUUGGUCAGUGUUGCUGAAUGUAAUUUAGAUGACGAUAAACAGAAAUGGAUUUUCACAUCAUUUGAAGAAUUCAAAAAGAAAUUAAUAAGCGAUCAGAACCCGAUAGAUCCAAGUAAUCCAUAACUUUAAAACAACGUUUUGUGUAACACAUAGCAGAAAAAUAAACUUCAAUCAGUUCAACUAUACCUUUAAACUUUAACUUAUUGUGAUUUUCAAAAUGAAAUAAAAUUUCAAGCGAGACUUAGAUUGGGUUAAAUAAACAUGGUUUUAAUU